GCAGAGUCCCGUUGCCAAGGUGGUGGUUGCUGCAGCAGAUUGGAAACCGUUCAUUUGGAGAAAACAAACUAAAAAAAAAGUUAAUAUCAUAUUUUUUUAGCACCGGGAAUUCUUUUGAACUGGGAUGUAAAUAAAUUCAAAUUGGUAUCAAAAUAAGGUAUGAUAUUUGUGCCUCCCUAACUAUAAAUAUUGGAGCGAUUUCUUUUUUUUUUAAAUCCUGUAAUUCCUUAUAAUAUGGGUUUCCAAUAGCCCACACAAAUGUACUUUUAAUUUUUUUGUUACUUUUCACAAAUUAUCAUUACAACAGGUUUACUAUCACUGCACGGAUUAUAUUGUAUUAUUACUGAUUUUUAGGCUGAAUUAAAUGUGAGAAGCUGCAAAAAAAUGGUUAAAGGAGAUAAAAAGAAAAAAGCAGACAAGUCGAAUCUCGAAGUUUCAUUUAAUAAAAUAAUAGAAAGUAGUUACACUACCGUUUCCUCUGAGGCUGCGCCAGCGCCGCCGCCACCGGUCACCGCGACGCUGCUGGCAGUGGGAGAAAACCUGAGUGAGCUGAGUUCUUCACCUGACGAGUCACAGCCGCCGGUCACCGAGCAAAACACAGAACCAGAGUUCUACGAAGAACCCAUUCUCACCCUGCUGGUCGUGGAAAGAUACGAGGGAGAAAAAUUCCAUGGACUCUAUGAAGGUGAAGGAAUUGCAUAUUUUCAAGGAGGCAAUGUUUACAAGGGCAUGUUUUCAGAAGGGCUGAUGCAUGGGAGAGGGACUUACACAUGGGCUGAUGGUGUUACAUAUGAGGGUGAUUUUGCAGUGAAUGUGCCUAUGGGACGUGGAGCUUACACGUGGCCUGAUGGAAGCAGCUAUGAAGGGGAGGUGCACAAUGGAAUACGCCACGGAUUAGGAACAUACAGAUGUGGCUCUAAACCAGUUUCUUACAUAGGACAGUGGAAUCAAGGAAAGAGACAUGGAAAGGGUGCUAUAUAUUUUAACCAGGAUGGAAAUUCAUGGUAUGAAGGAGAUUGGGUAAACAACAUCAAGGAAGGAUGGGGUAUAAGAUGGUACAGCUCUGGAAAUGUAUAUGAAGGACAGUGGAAAAAUAAUCUGCGCCAUGGAGAAGGAAGGAUGAGAUGGCUGGCAUCAAAUGAACAGUAUAAUGGACAAUGGGUCAACGGGAUACAGAAUGGACAUGGGACCCAUACCUGGUUCCUGAAGAGAGUGCCCAGCUCACAGUAUCCUCUGAGGAAUGAGUAUGCAGGAGACUUUCUGAAUGGCAUACGGCAUGGCAAUGGGCAGUUCUACUAUGCAAAUGGAGCUUUAUAUGAUGGAGAAUGGAAGUUUAAUAAAAAGAAUGGAAUGGGAAAGUUCAUUUUUAAAAAUGGACGCAUAUUUGAAGGGGAGUUUAUCGAAGAUCACAUGGCUGAGUUCCCUAACUUUUUAUUCGAUGGAAGUAGCACCCCUGAUCUGAGUGGCAUACGCACACAUUCCCCACCAGGUGCUGACGAACCAACCAAAAUAUCCACAAGAACUAGUGGUGGCUCAUCCAUCCUAGGGCCUGACAUGGCUCUUGAUCUCCAUGCAGUGCGCAAGAAUUUUCCUGAACAACAAUGGGACAGGGAAAUAAAACAGGUAGAGUUUGCCAUUCUCAGACACAUCACAGAACUGAGGCGAAUCUAUAGUUUCUACAGCAGUCUGGCUUAUGAGCACUCUUCCGACAACACCUUUCUGCUGACGAGACUGCAGUUUUGGAGGUUUCUCAAGGACUGCAAAAUUCAUCACCACGGCUUAACUUUAGCAGAAGUAGAUAGGAUUCUCUGUGCCGAUGUGACAGCUGAGGAGAUCCACUCCCCUUUUGACACCAUGCUUCUCAGGAAAUUUCUCAGCAAUGUUGUUGUGCUGGCAUACCACAUGUACUAUAAAGAAAUCCAACCACCUAAUCAUACUUUAGUGUCAUGCUUUUCAAAACUGGUGGCAGAGAAUAUAGUUCCAAAUGCAAGACACAUAAAAGGUGAUUUUUUCUGCAAUCACGAUCGUGCUGUAAUUGCUGUGAAUUACAUUGAAAAAUCCUGGGAGAUACACAAAGUUUACUGCAGGCAGAAUUCCAAGCCACCAAACGAACCAACAAUGAAAAUGAGGCACUUCAUAUGGAUGUUAAAGGAUUUAAAUGUAUUUACCAAUGAGUUGACAGCUGGAAAGGUCCUGGAAAUCCUUGCUAAAGACAACCCUGCAGUGCAUGAUGAAGCCUUUAGUAAUCUAGAACUGGAGAUUACUUUCCUGGAGUUCUUUGAGGCCUUGCUUGGAUGUGCAGAGGUGUACACUCCUAGGACAGUGAGACCGUAUUCUGUCACAAGUUCAGAACAUUUGGGAACAACAGAAACACCAUCUGAGAAUCCAAGAGAAGACUCUGCAGAGCAGAUUCAAGAAACUUCCAUUCCGGUCAGAGUGCCAGACAGCACACCAAAGGAAGACCAUGUCAGCCCCAGUGGUUACUUAAAGUCUCCCCAUAAAAAUCUUGCCUCUGACUCCAGUAGUGUGAAGAAAUCUGAGCCAAGCAAGUCAAAAGAAAUCAUCAAAGUGGUAGUAUCUGAAGAGAAAACCCCCAAGCAAAGUGAAAGAUCUACAGCAAAAGGAAGAGUACACUCAAUACAUCAAACUAGUGUCUGUGCAACAAGCGGAUCUGUCCCCCAGUCGGCACACAGUAAUUCAGCUGACAGCAUCCAGCAGGUGGCAGAAAGCAGCGAGAUUAUUGUGCAGUCAAUGCCCGCACUGGACCCAGAACAACUAUACACUCAGCAGGAUCAACUCCCAGAAAAGGCUGAAGAAACAGUAAUUGAACCAGAGAAUGAGCUUGAUUUCUGGAUUCAUCAGAUCUAUGCUUUCUUUGCUAAAAAGUUUUUCCCAUCAUACGACUACAACCUGAUUCUCAAAAAGGAAGCCGCGGAGGACCGAGUAAGACAGGCAGUCCUGGCUCGGAUAGCAAAAGUCAAAGCAGAGGAAGCAGCGAGGCUAAAAGAACAGAGGGAGGCAGAGGAAGAGAGAAGGCAUGAGCAGGAGGAGGCAGAGAAAGCAGCGCUUGAGGCUGCAGCUGCGGCUGGACUUCCAGAACCCCCAAAAGAGGAGAUCCCCCAGAGUCCUGAACCAACUGUGAAUAUAGUUACACAGGUCAUCAUCAGCAAACCAACUCCUUCCGGGUCGAAGAAAAAGAAAAAAUAAAGUGUGCCAAGCACUGCUACCAGACUGUGAUUCUGCUGGCAAAACCCCGAAAUAUAUACGGUUACCAAUAAUCUCCUAUGUAGGAUGUUCAGUGACACAUUAAAAAAUAUAUUGUGUAAAAAAGAAACAAGCAUUGUACUUCGUUUACUUCAGAGCAAUUAGGUAGGUCUUUUUAAUCUUUUUAAUCUUUUUAAUCACUCUAUUUAUAGCUGAUAUCUGAUAAAAAAAAAAAAUACGAAUGAUACCUGAUUCAAAAUCGAAGCGAUGUCCGACACCGGAAAACAAACCAGAGGAAUGAGUAGAACUAAGUAAAGGCAUGUAUGACACCUGUUAUGAGGUUUGAUGUCUGAAGAUAUGCUAAUCAUGAUGACAAUUGGUAAACCACCAAGCUCUUUAUACCAGUGAUAACUCAGCAAUGUAAGAAAUUGUUGUUUUGUCCAAUAUGUAGUGUUUAAAAUGGUUGACAGGGAGGAAACAGGUAAAAUGGAGUCACAAAAGAACAUUAGAAUUUCUCCUUUCAAAGUGCUUGGCAGUUUACAAACCAUGAAGUGUGAACAUGAUGCAUACUAUCUAACAAAGGGCUGUUAAAGUAAUGAAAUAGAAGUAUCCUGAUUUUUAUGAAGUUACAUAAUGUCCUGGUCUUUAGAAAAACUUUCACAAACAUUUUAUUGCAACCUUUAUAAGUCACACACACACACACACACACACACACAUAUAUAUAUAUACACAUAUAAGUAAUUUUCGAGUUAAGGUGGGAGAAAGCAGUAACUGUAGAAUUAUACAUUAUACAAAACAUGUAUGCAGUUGCUGUACUUUGACUUUUAAAACGCAGUGAAUGUAGAAGCCUUUUGGCGAUUUUCACGCAUUUUUAUUGGCUCUUGUAAUGCUGACAUACACAAUUUUGAAAUAAAAUGGAAUUUAAUAUUUUUAUUUUGUAGUAAAAUCUUGAUAUUACAGAAAUGAAAUGCAAGCCAGUUAGCUAUUAGUUAACAAAUAAAAAACAAAAAAAUGUUUGUGAAAAAUUACAUUUAUACAAUGUAUCCACAAUAAGUCCACAAUGCUUUUAAAUCAUCAAUACAUUUCUGCUCUUUAGUCCGAGAAGAAAAUAUUAUUGAAUUGUGUAGCACAAAGUUUCUUCACUUCCUCUGUAAAACAAAAGCAAAAUGUUACA